AUGACUCCCAUAUGUGCCUCAUGGAAGUGCAAAGAGCCAAACUUGAGAAAUAGACAUUCUAAACCAGUAGUUAGCAUUUCUCUCACUGAAACAAAAUACAAUACAAUAUUUGCAUUGAAAACUGCUUUCUUUCUUCUCUACCUUCCCUGCAGAGAUAAGCUUGCUGCCAGAAAAGAUAACAUGGAAGACAAGUGCGCAAUCAGGAGAGAUGUCACAGAAUUAAUUGGAAAUACCCCGUUGGUAUAUCUCAACAAUGUUGUGGAUGGUUGCGUAGCCCGAAUUGCUGCCAAGCUAGAAUCAAUGGAACCCUGCUCUAGUGUGAAAGACAGGAUUGCAUUUAGUAUGAUCAAGGACGCAGAGGAUAAAGGUCUAAUUUCGCCAGGGAAGACUGUUCUUGUUGAGCCCACAAGUGGCAACACUGGCAUUGGAUUGGCAUUCAUUGCAGCAAGCAAGGGUUACAAGCUUAAGAUAACAAUGCCAUCUUCAAUGAGUCUUGAGAGAAGAAUUGUGCUCCUAGCUUUUGGAGCUGAGGUGUACCUCACAGAUCCUGCCAAAGGCAUUAAGGGAGUUCUUGAUAAGGCUGAGGAGUUGCUAAGCAGCACACCUAAUAGUUAUAUGCUUCAGCAAUUUGAAAAUCCUGCCAAUCCGAAGGUUCAUUACGAAACCACUGGCCCGGAGAUAUGGAGAGACUCAGGAGGGAAGGUUGAUGCCCUGGUUUCAGGGAUAGGGACUGGGGGUACCGUAACUGGUACUGGGAGAUUUCUUAAAGAGCAAAAUCCAGAGAUCAAGGUGUACGGUGUAGAACCAGUGGAAAGUGCAGUCUUAAAUGGUGGCCUACCUGGGAAGCAUCUGAUCCAAGGAAUUGGUGCUGGUAUCAUACCUCAAGUUCUGGAUGUAAGCUUGCUCAAUGAAGUUAUUCAAGUAACCAGUGAAGAAGCUAUUGACACCACUAAGCUGCUUGCCCUGAAAGAAGGUCUUCUGGUGGGGAUUUCAUCUGGUGCAGCAGCAGCAGCAGCAAUAAAGCUGGCCAAGAAGCAGGAAAAUGCUGGAAAACUCAUUGUUGCUGUGUUCCCCAGCUUCGGAGAGCGUUAUUUGUCUUCAGUGCUCUUUGAUUCCGUUAGGCAUGAGGCGGAAAACAUGACUGUUUACUGA